CGAGGCAAGGCACGCCGCGAGCUCACCGCUCCGCUCGCAGCACAUUCCGCGUCGCUCCGAGUUUGUCGAGAAUACGCGCGUCGCUCGAUACACGCUCGAACCCGAACCGUACGCGUCGGGAUAUACAUCGAGACAGCCGCGGUAACGAGCGUCUCUCGCGUGGGAGUGUCCCUCCGCAUUGUGCACGACACGAGCUGUCAAAAGGAGUUCGGCGUGGGUGUUUUUCGACGGCGCGAAAGAAGUAGCCGUGCGGCGCGCUCUCGAGGCGCGGCGUGUCACGUGCACGCGAUCUCGCCUGCACGUGACGUUCCCGCCACCCCUUGGUCGAGGAUUCGCAACCAGCGCGAAAUAUGAAAUACUGCGCGUAAAACGUGUGCGUUGUCGGAUGUGCGGGUUGAUUCUCGAAGCUGUAAAUAUACUCGAGUAAGAACGUCACGUGGCGGUGGACACGAUGCUUCUCUGGCGAUUGGCAGUGUUGCUGCUCGUUGCUGCUGCGCGGCCAGCCGCGAGUUACUUCAAUCUCUUCCUCACGCAGAUGGAGGUCCGCAAGCUAAUGGGAGUAUCAAAUGCAGAAUUAUUUUAUGUCAAGGAGGGCGUUAUAAAUCAGUAUGCCGUGAAAUUCAUUGUUCCCGUACCGGCGCAGCUUCACAAACUCCACUUUACGUGGGAAAAUCUCGCCGGUAAACCGCUGCCGUACACGAUGUCCGUGGAUAUCAGCAAUCCUACGGCGCUAAGUAGUUCCCUGAACAUCUCUCAAGCCGGCGAUAUACCUCUCGCUGGUCUGCAGACGUGGGCCUUAUCAUUGCACUGCGGACCCUACGACGCGGAGAUCGACUUAACUCUCCGAAUAAACGUCUCGCUGUCGCGGAAGAACACCACUCAUCUAGAAUUCAGGCGGAAAAAGAUCUGUUUGAAGGACAAGAGCUACGUCGAACCCGAGGAGGUCCUAGUCGCUGUCUCCGGCUCCACUACCGGCGGCCAGAUCUUUUACGCGGCGAUUGGUUGCGCGUGUGCAGUCAUCGCGGCUAUUUUCGUCCUGGUGAUGAUGUAUUAUGUGCGCAACAAGAAAACCACAAGACAUCGAGAUCCCCUUCAAGAAUCCAGGGGUCUCAGCUCAGCAUGCAGCAUGGAAAGAGGCGCCGGAGUGGGACCUGCACAAACCUUUUUAUCGCCGGAAACACCGCCACCUGCGUCCGCUGCCUCAGGAUCGUCCUAUAGAAGACUCGAUGAUCGUCCUAGCAGAGAACUGCACGAAAGAAUUCAGGAAAUUACUGUACAAAGAUGCAGAGUACGUCUUCUUAGUAUCGAAAUGGAAGGAACAUUUGGACGUGUGUAUAGAGGUAGUUAUCACGAAGAGGGUACUUUAUCUCCGAGGGACGUACUUGUGAAAACUGCUGCCGAGCACGCAUCUCAAUCACAAGUGGCUCUUCUCCUCCGAGAAGGCUUGGCCCUCUACGGGCUCAGUCAUCCAGCAUUACUUCCGGUUCUCGGUGUCUCCAUCGAAGACAGAAGCGCACCGUUUCUACUUUACCCGCACACGGGCUAUAGAAACAUGAAGAGAUUCUUGCUAAGGUGCAAGUUAAGUAGCGAAGGACCUCCAAGAGCUCUCACCACGCAGGAAGUCGUCGAAAUGGCACUUCAAGCCGCCAAAGGUGUACAAUAUCUUCACAGAAAGAGGCUCGUUCAUAGAGACUUGGCUGCCAGGAAUUGUGUAGUUGAUGAUGACUUGAGAGUACAGAUUACGGAUAAUGCCUUGGCUAGAGAUUUGUUUCCGCAAGAUUAUCACUGCCUCGGCGAUAACGAGAAUCGCCCUAUCAAGUGGCUGGCGAUAGAAAGUUUACUCAGUAAGACCUUCACUACAGCUUCUGACGUGUGGGCAUUUGGGGUUUUAUUAUGGGAGCUAACGACGUUGGCGCAGCAGCCUUAUGUAGAAGUGGAUCCUUUUGAAAUGGCAUCCUAUCUCAGAGACGGUUAUAGAUUAGCGCAGCCGAUAAACUGUCCUGACGAGCUAUUCGCGGUAAUGGCGUAUUGCUGGGCCAUGUCAGCGGAAGAGAGACCGACAUUUAGUCAAUUGAUUAUCUGCUUGCAAGAUUUUCACACGCAAUUAACGCGAUAUGUUUAAUUGAGCGUGAUUGUAAAAUAGGACUGGAUUUUGUUAAGAUGUCUCUAUUUAAUUUCUGAGCAUAUCGAAAUUUUUAUCGGAGGAAUAAUAUCAAGAGAUGCCAAUAUAGGAGAAAGCGCUUUUGUAUAUACUAUACUAUCAUUUAAGUACUCGCAAUUUUAGCAUUUUUAUAGCAAUUGUAUGUAGAAUAUCUAAUGUAAUAUAUUGCAUUUCUGUUCAAAAAUUAUUCAAUUAAGUGUAGUUUAAGGAAUAACUAUCGGCCAAAAUCGAAUUUAAAACAAAAUAGAAUUUAUUAUUAUGCGAUAAUUUGUAUAAAGCAUUGAAAGAAUUUUAUUAAGACUAAUAUCAAUAAUAUCAAAUAUAAAAUGCAGAAAGUAUAAUUUAGAAAAAAUUAAAAAAUUGAAAUAAAUCUGCAAUUUUUUAUUGUGGUUAUAUCGAAAAGUAAAUUUAAUCUUUUUACAGACUCUUUUAAAACUCCUGCCUGUAAUUCGGCGUUUUAUAAAAAGAAGCAUUUUGUAAAUGUGUAAAAAAUUUUUAUAAAAGCUCACAAAACAAAUAUAUCAUAAUUCUAUAAUUAGUCUCAGGAAUGUAUUUUUAGCAGUGAUGUCUAGUUUUACAAGACAUCCUGUGUAAGGACUGAGCACAACGUGUAGAAAAUUGCGUGAAUUAUUCAUACUGUAAAAAUUAAGACUGAAUUCUCACCUAUCGCGCGUUGCGCCACGUAUCUGGCGCUCGCUCGGUGUGAUAUCGCACAUGAUUACCAAAACCGGCGAACAUACGUCAUCGUGCACUGCCACAACUCCCGUUUUCGGAAACCCGUACUGCUUGUAGCGAAACGGAGCUGGCCUCUCGGCGAAUUUGAGCCAUGUGAUAUGCGCUUUGCUUGCCUACGUGAGUAUGUUUCGUGUGUGUGCCAAUAUGUUUACUUUUUUUUUUUUAUAUUUUUGUACAUAGUAUGUAUUUACAUAAUGUGUCGGCAUAUACGAGUUAUCGAGUAUACGAGCCGUGCGUCACGCCUAGAUAAAAAGAUCCCGUGUACAUAAUUAAUGUGUAGCGUAAGAAACUUAUAAAUGUACAAAUAUCUCGUCCGAGCGUUACGAGCACAAUAAAUUUCUAUCUAUACCAUA